AUGAGUCCGUUGUCCCCGUAUUUAAACUUGGAUCCCAGGUAUCUAGUACAGGACACAGAUGAGUUUAUCUUGCCCACAGGAGCCAACAAAACUCGAGGCAGAUUUGAGCUGGCCUUUUUUACCAUCGGAGGAUGUUGUAUGACGGGGGCAGCAUUUGGUGCGCUGAAUGGUUUGCGACUUGGCUUGAAGGAAACACAGAAUAUGGCGUGGUCAAAACCUAGAAAUGUACAGAUUCUAAAUAUGGUGACAAGGCAAGGAGCAUUAUGGGCUAACACUCUGGGAUCUCUGGCUCUACUUUACAGCGCGUUCGGAGUCAUCAUUGAAAAAACACGAGGCGCAGAAGAUGACCUGAAUACCAUAGCUGCUGGAACCUUGACAGGAAUGCUAUACAAAAGCACUGGUGGAAUGCGCGGGGUAGCGCGAGGUGGUAUCGCAGGUCUGACGCUUACUGGCCUCUACGCUCUCUACAACAACUGGGAGCACAUGAAGGGCUCCAUAGCCCGGCAGUCCCUCUGAGCAGGCGGCCAGCGCUGGGACGGAGGACACGCUUCCAUAGUCACCCAUCAGAGCAGUUGCGAGACCUGUCUGCUGCCCUCCCCGUUUUAUUUAUAACUAGCCUGAAACCGAAGGAAGCCGUGCUGGAAGAAACCUCUUGACACCAUGUAGCUGGACUGGCCCUUCCUUUCCUUCCCGCCAGCCAGUCGCUGGAGAGGCAGCGGUAUCUGUUGGACCUGCACGCGAGCAGAGUGACCACCAGGAUAGUCUCCCUGCCACGCUCACCAGCCAGCCCUGGGCCAGAGCUGCGAGGCACGCUCGAGUCCCAUAGCUGUACCUGCCGCGCUACCAGG